AGCUGUGAAUUUCUUUGGAUAAUUGAUGAUAUUUAUCAUUGUACCUGGCUUUUACAAAUAAAAGAUGGGUGGAUUAUUUUCUCGAUGGAGGACGAAACCUUCAACUGUUGAAGUUCUAGAAAGUAUUGAUAAGGAAAUUCAAGCAUUGGAAGAAUUUAGGGAAAAAAAUCAGAGAUUACAAAAAUUAUGGGUUGGAAGAUUAAUUCUAUACUCCUCAGUUCUCUAUCUGUUUACAUGCUUGAUUGUAUACUUAUGGUAUCUUCCUGAUGAAUUUACAGCAAGACUUGCCAUGACACUUCCAUUUUUUGCUUUUCCAUUGAUCAUCUGGAGCAUAAGAACAGUGCUUAUUUUCUUCUUUUCCAAGAGAACAGAGAGAAAUAAUGAAGCACUGGAUGAUUUAAAAUCCCAGAAGAAAAAAAUACUCGAAGAAGUCAUGGAAAAAGAAACUUAUAAGACAGCUAAAUUAAUUCUUGAAAGGUUUGAUCCAGACUCAAAGAAAGCAAAGGAGUUUGAGCCGCCAUCUGCUGGAGCAGCUGUAACUGCAAGACCUGGACAAGAGAUUCGUCAGCGCACUCCGGCUCAAAGAAACCUUUCUCCAACACCAGCAAGCUCUAACCAGGGUCCUCCUCCACAAGUUCCAGCAUCUCCUGGACCACCAAAGGACACUUCAGCCCCUGGUGGACCCCCAGAAAGAACUGUUACUCCAGCCCUACCAUCAAAUGUGCUACCAAGACGUCUUGGAUCUCCUGCUACUUCGGUGCCUGGAAUGGGUCUUCAUCCUCCAGGUCCACCUUUAGCAAGACCCAUUCUCCCCCGGGAACGAGGUGCUCUGGAUAGAAUUGUUGAAUAUUUAGUCGGUGAUGGUCCACAGAACAGGUAUGCCCUUAUAUGUCAACAGUGUUUUUCUCAUAAUGGCAUGGCUUUGAAGGAAGAAUUUGAAUACAUUGCUUUCCGAUGUGCCUACUGUUUUUUCUUGAAUCCUGCAAGAAAAACCAGACCCCAGGCUCCAAGACUUCCGGAGUUUAGUUUCGAGAAGAGGCAGACAGUAGAAGGCACAAGUUCAGGUGGUCCAUUGCCAUCAGGAAGUAUGCUUUCAUCAGAGAACCAAGUCAGUGAAGAAUCUUUAGAAGAAAAAGAUGUUCUUGAUGAUAAUACAGAGCAGACAGAUGACAAAAUAUCAGCUACAGAGCAGACAAAUGAAGUGAUUGACAAAGUACCAGGCUCAGAGGAACCAGAGGAGGAACAAGAAGAGACCCAGAAAGAGGAAACCACAGAGAAUGAAGCCAAAUCAACAGUUCCCAGAGCUGAAUCUACUCCUGAUCCUGAACUAAGCGGAGAAUCUUUGAUGACAAAGUAGUAAAUGCUUCUAUGUGCCUUCAACUGGAUAUUUAGUCUCAUUGAUGUCAAUUGUUGCUUUAUAGGUGGUGCUUUGUUUCUCCCAUCUCCUUCCCCCCACAAGGAUAUACUUGAUAUCAUUUGAAUUCAGAUUGCUACCUAUUUCAAUAUGUUAAAGUUGGAUCAAUUGGGUAUUAAAAUGAAAAGCAAGUGAUAUCAGUGAAGUAAGAUCCUUUUGAAUAUACAAAGGCCCACACUGUUUAGACAGCUUCUAGAUAUUUUUGGUCCAUUCUAAAAGUAAACAAUAGUAUUCUCAUUUUCUAUAUGUAUAUCUAUAAAUAAUAUACAUUUGACAUAGGAAGAAAUUUGGUUAGGAAUAAAUUCUUUAAUAGUGUUUGUUUUAAAAGUAAGACAAUUAAGAUUUUGAAUACUUUGUUAAAAACACAUAGGAUUAACUCUUAAGAUAUUUGCCAGGGGGGAGUAAUAUCUUAUUUAGGUGUUUACAUUAAGCAGUAUGGAAGUUGCAACUGUAAUUACAUAGGCAUUGGUACGAAGUCUCAAUAAGAAUGCAAUUGAACAGUCAAGUGCAGUGUUUCUUUUUGAUGUCUUUUAUUUUGCAGCUGGGCCAAAGGCACAUAAUGUAUAUAAUUAGUUUAUGUUUACAUAUUAACAUAUAGGAAAUAUCUCUGCACUUGACUGUACUUGAAUUCUGAGCAUUAUUUAUACUUGUAAAAUAAUGACGCUAUAUAAGUGAAUUUUGUGCUCGUGUGUGUGUUUUGUUAAGGAAAAUAAAGAUAAUCUGUCAGCGGCUUCUUUUUGUUAAAUAUAUAGACUUCUUCAAACAUUAUCUUGGUGAAUGAGUUGGCUACAUGAAAAAAAUCUCAGUAAGAAGAGCUCAUAGCGCAAUAAAUCUGUUGAUUCUGCUUAGAGCACAUUAUGAUGCUUUUGUUCAGAAUUGUUGUCUUUCAAGUUCAGAGAAAUGAUGACAUUUAGGGUUCUAAUCAGAGGUUAGGCUUUUGAAGGACACUUUAGACUGUUUGUACUUUUUUAACCUUGAGAGGCAAAUGAGUUUUGUGAGAAUAGGCAUUUAUUUGCUUGUAGCUCAUUGCAUUUAAUGUGUGUACACUGAGGAUUAGCUGGGAUAAGUUUUUGACAAAGAAUGGUAAUUCUUGAAACUUAAAUAUAGUUUUUUUUAAAUAGCUCUCUCUUC